AAAAAUGGCAGAAUUUAAGGAAGUACAAAAUUAAGUAAAAUUUAGGAUAAAUUCUUUAAUAAACCUGGAGAUUCUGAAGAUUCUGUUGAUAAAUUAAAAAAAAAGAUAUCUAAACCAAAGUAGUAAGAUAUAAUUUCAACAUCCUAAAAAAUAAAAGAAAUGUUUAAAAAAUAACAAUUCAAGGAUAUUGUGAAUUGGGCUGAAAAAGAUCCAUCUAUAACACUUCAUGAAUAUGACGAAAUGAAGGUUAAUUCCCAUACGUUGAAACUUGGAUAAUAUGCUUUAAUAAAAAAUGCAAAGAAUCCUUCUGAAGAUUUCGUUGGCAAAAUAUAAAGGAUUGUUACAAUAAAGGAAAACAAAUCAAAAAAAUUAAUUUGUUUAUGCGAAGUCAAUUGGUAUAUCUAAAAUUCAAGAAAGGUUUUAUCGAAAAAGUGAAAUAAUUAAAUUUAAACCAUAAGCCAAACCAUGGAUAUCCAAUAAUGAAGUUUUCAGCACUUCUUGUACUGAUUAUAUAUUGGCGUCUGCUAUAUUGUCUCCUUGUCGUAUAGUCACAUUAGAAGAAUAUGAAAGUUCAUCUUAGGCUGAAAAAGGAGUAUUUUUCACUAGAUUAGAAUGGCUGCCAGCAAAAAAGAAAUUUGAUGGAUUAUCAAAACUAUAAAAUCAUUGUACUUGUAAAUAACCCUAAAAUCCAGAUUAAAUAUAUAUUUAGGUAUUAUCUAAUCUAUAAUUUAAGUGUGACAAGUGUUAGAAAUGGUAUCAUAUUACAUGUGUGGGGUUGAAAAAAGGAGAGUAUGAAUAAAAAGAUUACAUUUGUGGAUGUUGUAGAUGAAAUAUUUGUUAAUAAUAUUAUUUUUAAAA